AGAUAGAUAGAUAGAUAGAUGGAUAGAUAGUACCAAGGGACUGAUCAGAACUACAGCUCCAACGAUUUCGUCAUACCAGAACGCGUGUAGUGAACGUCAGUAGGAUAUUCACUACUAAUAUUACAGAACAACGAACACGACACUACUAGGCUGAAAUGUUCAGACUUAGUCCGACAUCUAGACCAGAGGACAGACUCCUCAAGGCCCGGACCUUGAUGCAGGAGGCAAACAAAAAAAGAGGCCUUGUCCCAAAUUCAACCAGAGUAGUCGUAAAGACACAUUUGGAGGAGAGACCAAAACUUGCUAAACAAGCUAAACAAGCAGUGAGGUUCACGGAGCUCCGGACACGUCAACAGAUGGCUUUUGACAACAAGGCAACUUUACAGAAGGAGCAGGCUACCGCCAGAGCUCUGAGGGAGAAACAGAGCCUUGCCCAGCGGGAAGCUAAGAGAAUGGCUGAACUGGCAAAGCAGAAGCAGGAACAGCAGACAAACAGCGCUGCAAUGCGUCACACACACCGUGCCGGCAUUCGGAUGCCGAUACAAGAGAAAAGGCAGCGAGAAAAGGAAAAGCGGCAGAAAGAUUUGGACUUAAAUCAGGCUCGGGAUAAGGACCGCAGGUUGUUCCAACAUGAAGAACAAUUGAAGGAUAUGAAGGCCAGAAAAAAACAAAUCAAUGUACAGAACUUCAACAUCGCCAUCGAAAGUGAAAAACGUGGCAGACUGCAGGAGCAGAAUGCUGCAAUGAAGACUGCAAAAGCAGACAGGUUCACGGAGAAAGAAGAGGCAGAGCGUCAAAGUGAUUUGGACAGUUAUCUGACUAGGGGUGAGGACUGCAGGUUGCUCCAACAUGAAGAACAAUUGAAGGCUAUGAAGAACAGAGAAAUCAGAAUCUCUGAACGUAACUUCGAUAUCUCCAUUGCAUCUGAAAUACAUUUGAGACUGCAGGAGGAGAAUGCUGCAAAGAAGACCGCAAACGGCAGUUCGUUCCUAAAACCGACUGCAAAAGCAAAGAGGUUCAGGGAGCUCCAGACACGACAAAAGAUUGUUGACAAUCUGGCCUUAAAGAAAGAGGGGGAAAACCCGGGGCGCAACACUCCCUCCCCGAAGCUACUGCCCGUCCGAAAAGGGUUGGCUUUCACUCAUAGUCUAGAGGGGUCCAAUUACAUCUCUGCAGGUAAAGGGGAGCCACAUUGCAGACUUCCGGAACAUCCUGAACACAAGCUACUGUCCCUCCGAAAAGGGUUGGCUUUAGAUCAUAGUCUAGAGGAGUCCAAUUACAUCUCUUCAGGUAAGGGCGAGCCACAUUGCAGACUUCCGGAACAUCCUGAACACAAGCUACUGUCCCUCCGAAAAGGGUUGGCUUUCAAUCAUAGUCUAGAGGGGUCCAAUUACAUUUCUUCAGGUAAGGAACCACAAUGCAGACUUUCGAAACUUCCUAAACCUUUUAGAGCGCGGUAGGGGCUCAAGUUCUGCCAAGAUCUUUACGAAAGGGUUUCUUCAGGGUGCUCCGGUUUAAUCCCGCACACUUUAAAUUUAAAAAAAAAAAAAAUAGUGUAGAGGACAGAAUUAGUGUAUUUUCAUUGGGGACAUGUGAAUGUCGUCUGCUGAAAUGAACACUAUGACUGGUUACUCUUUAAGCCUUGUGUAUACGUUAGGGUUUACUCUGGGUGCUCCAGUUUCUUCCUGCACACUUUAAAUUUAAAAAAAAAAAAAUUUAGUCUAGAGGACAGAAUUAGUGUAUUUUCAUUGGGGACAGGUGAAUGUCCUCUGCUGAAAUGAACACUAUGACUGGUUACUCUUUGGGCCUUAUGUUUACAUUAGGGUUUACUCCGGGUGCUCCGGUUUCUUCCUGCACACUUUAAAUUUAAAAAAAAAAAAAAAUUGUGUAGAGGACAGAAUUUGUGUAUUUUCACUGGGGACAGGUGAAUGUCGUCUACUGAAAUUAACACUAUGACUGGUUACUCUUUAA